UUCAAAGGCCUCUAUCAGAUUGUAGUGCUGAAUAGAAAUUUACCACUCAUUUCUCCGCUGCUUAGCAAAUUGUCAAGCGUUUGGCCUACGUCGUUUGUCGUUGAUAUUUCUAUUCUAAUUGCUGCGAAAAAAUAUAAAAAAUUAAAGCAUAUAGCUGUCAAGUUAUUGAAAAAAAUAAGACAAUUUCAAGUUAAAGUGUUUCGUGUUGCAGUGAACUAAUUAAAUUCCCAUAACUGGCUUUUGACAGAGUUGUGUUGACCUUACUUUGGCGUUAAUCUCUCCGUCGAGCUAAAGCACGAAAUAUAGUUUUGUUGGAAAAACAUAAAAUUAUAGGUUUUUAUUUUUUGGAUCGUACCAUAGCCACUUAUAUAAAUGUUUCCUCAAAUUUGUAAAAAUCGCAAAGAAGCAAUAAUCACGCUAAGUUAAAUAACAUCAUAAUUGCACCUAUGUAAGAAAAUGCGUGUUGGAAAGAAAGCCAACGUCGUAGAAGCAAAAAAGACUCGUUCCUGCGUAGUGCGAUUAGAAAAAUUGAAUUCAAACAAAGGUAAUAAAAAAUCUUCAUCCUCGGCAACAUCUUCAAAACGGCAAUCUAUUAUUAGUCAGCCUACGAGCAGUAGGGUCACUCGUUUAAGUUUGGCUGGUAUGGGAGGUACUCCUAAGGCUACAUUACAAGACGAUAAAAAAUAUAGAGGACCAUUGAAGAAGCGGCCAAUUGGCAGCUCACAAUCAAUACAGCAACAACAACAAAGAGAAGAACCAAACAUGUCAUCCAAUGUGCGCGCCAGUCAAAAAGUGAAAAUAGUUCAGCGUAUUAUGAAGAGAUCAUCGGAAGAUCAUGAAGAGAGUCCACCACCGACCAUAGCGGCUGGCAGAUCACGUAGAGCUAUUAAACCUAAUCCGAAAUAUGCUAGCGAAGACCUGCUCACACCCAAAUUGAUAAGGAACGUAGGAUCGUUUGCAUCUGGCAGUAAAUCAUUAAUAGGCGUCACAGAGAGUAAACAACGCAGAACAUCUUCCAGUUCUGACGAUUUUUUCAAUCGCGACUCAAGUGAUGAAGUCGAUACGGCUGAAUUGAACGAUGAAGAUGAUAAUGCAUCCGACGACAAAGCGUAUCAAGCUGAUGAGAAGGAGGCCGUGGACUCUGAUUUCUCAGAGGCUGAACGGGUACCACGUCCAACAAGAGGCAGGGGAAGACCUCGUAAGGUGGUGCCGCCUGAAACACAGGGGCAGUUGCAGGCUGCGGCGAAGUCUACUGCACCGAUGACAUCAGUUGGUAGAAUAGCGCAGACAACGAUAACUAGCGUUCGUUCCGCCCCAUCUCAUUUGCAACAAAUUCGCCGAUCGUUGGUAACAGCUAAUGCUCAACGAAAUUUAAACAUGUUAGGAGGACAAAAACGUAAACUCGAAGACUCAACAGAUAAUGACGGAGAAAGUCGGCCAACUGUAGCUCGUAAACAAAUGAUUAUUACUUCUGGUGGCGUGCGUGUUAGUGUGCCUUCAAGAGAUACAAAAGACAAUUCGGCUACGUUAGCGGCGUCUACCAGCAAUACUAGAAUAAUACGCAAGAUCUUACCAGCGUCAUCGCAAACCCUAAACGGCAGUAAAGUGGUGAAUGCGCAAGCAUCAAACGUUUCUUUGACAAGCAAACAAAAAAAACAAUUCGCGGAUACACCCAAGGCUUCGACCGAAAGUCGAAUUUUGAUUAGAUCGACGCCUGGAAAAACGGCGGUAUCAGCUGCAAACUCAGAUAGCAAGACGGUCGUUUCAAAUGCUGGUUCUUCAAUUUCUGUAGCUACAACACAAGCUAAAAUAUUAGCGGCAAGGGCUACAGCAGCAGCUAGUAAAAUGAGAACAGGUUCUCCUAAACCCCAUAACAAAGAUAGUCCCACGACCGCUUCGAGUAGCAACAGUAGCAACAACACCAGCUCCCCUCUAACAAAACCCACAAUAGCGGCGCAAUUAAAGAAAGCAAAUAUUACUGUUAGCAAAGUGCAAAAUAAAAAUUCUCAAUCAGAUUCAAAUUAUAUGGUGGCCUCGACCUCUCCGGCAACUACAACCGCUUUCGGAGAGAAGACAUCACCAAUUGCUACAGAGGAAUCUCCAAAUUCAACAAUUGAUGACUUUGAAACCAUGCCUACAUUUACCAUAGUAAAUGUAAACGAUAUCAUUAAUAAGAAGGGCGAUGUGUUAAUAACAAAAUCAAAGGGUAUUCAGCAGAAAACACUCUCUGCAAUAACUGACGACGAUGACGACGAUGAAAAUGGUAAUAAACAAGACGACGAUGACGUGCAAGAAGUUUCAAUAAAAUUUUCACAAUCUGAGAAAAAGUCAGUGGAAAGUUGCGAACACAAAUUAUCUGGAUUAAAUCGUUCAACAGUCGAUGCAAGUCGGAAAUCUACUACUACCACACAACCUCAUAUACUUAAUCACAAAUUAGGUUUGCGUAAUUCGCGAGUGGGAGCGUUAACAAAGUCAUCCACUAACAUAUUACCUGAUAAACCUGCACCGCGCAUUCUAAAUGCCAUGGUAGCGAAAAAGACGCAACCUGUCAAACCUUUAAUAGCAAAUUUAGAUGAUUCCGCCGAUGAGAGCAUACCUCUCUCACUUGAUGAUACAGAAGAUGAAGCUGAAAGUAAAUCUAGAGAAAUUAAUAAGCAACUAAAUGUGCCUAUUGUUAAUGUUGGCACCGAAGAUUCUGAGCCUCAGGUUGAACGCGAAGCACAAAAUCGAACAUCAAGGAACUUUACCUAUUUAGCAAAACGAAAACAACAGGCCGCGGUUAAAGCACCAGUCGCAGUCGGUAAUAAAAAGCGAAUAAUGGCAGCACAAUCUUCCACGUCUACUAAAGAGAAUUCUCUGGCUGUUGUGAAUCAGCAAAAAGUUGCCACUAAGACAUCCACACCUGUUCUGCCACGCAAACUUUCGCCUGAGAAGGUAGUCAUUUCACGUCAGGGCGAUAAAAUUAUCAAAAAAAUUACUUGCUUUGAGACCUGGUACGUGAUUAAUGUAACAAAUGACUCUCUUGAAUCCCCGCGACCGACACGGAAUCAACUUAAUCUUCCGCUAAUUAAAUUGGCUAAUGCUUCCAAAGGUAUACCAUUGCCUUCGAUUAGUUGGAGCUCUAAAGUAACAUUGCAAGAGCUACCAGCCUCGACAUUAGCAAAGUCAACCUUUAUCACCUACACCGGGGACCUACAGGAGCACAAUAUAGCGGAAGAAGAUCGCGCCAAAUAUCAACCGUCAUGUGUAAUGUUUCGCAGAGCAGUAAACGAUCGUCAGAAGUCGCGACUGCCAUAUGAUCGUGCAGUUAUAUUCAAGAAUAAAACCUUUUUCACCAACAUCGAAGGGAAAAAUGUUAAAUUGAUGGCCGCACCGAGUGCUAUAAACUCAGUCGAUGAAAUUGAAAUAUUGCUCCAGAUUGUUGACGUUCUUACGUUACAAAGUGAAUUUGUGGAACAAGCGACAACAGUGCAGUAGAAUUGGAAAUACUUUUUAGUUUCCAAUCGCUCUAAGAGCAACACAAGAAACAUUUUUCUCUUCUCUUAUACAAAGAGCAACACAACAUAAAACAUUUGUUAGAAUUAUUACGAAGCACUCUAAAAUAAGGAUACCUUUCGUACGGAUACUUAGGGACUAAGUUAUAAAUAUAUGAUAUAUGUAUAGAAAAACAUAUGCAUAAUAUAAAUACAUGAAUUUAUACCAUAAAUGCAUACCAGUGCACACACAAAAGAGCCCAGACGGAUGAAAUUGUUUUACAUAAGAACAAAUAAUGUAUAAGUUCGGGCAAGUUUUUCUCUUCUGUCUUUCAAUAAUUUUACUGUUGCAGUGUAUGCUAUGCGAAACUAAGAUCUAAGGAUUUCUUUUUUUUUUUUUUUUUUUUUUUUUACAUUUAUAUAGUGUAAAAGGCUGUACACAACACAUAGAUGCCAGAUGGAAUCGGCUCUGUGCCGUACAAAUCAAGACGACCGUACACAACAGAUUUUUUUAGUUUGAAAUUACAAGAAUUCAUUUAUUGUAUGUAUGCGCAUUCGUUGUUUUAAUCAAAAAAUUCUCUGAUUAGUUCUAUUACCUGUAAUCUUAAUUGUAGAUUUUAUUUUUUUACUGUAAUAUAUAUAUAUAUAUAUAUAUA